AUGGCUGCCAUUCUACGACCUUUACGUGGUCUGUGGCUAGUAUAUACAGCUUUGACGAACCUUUUACCGCUCAGCUAUGCUGCCCAGCAGCAGCCGCUACGGACUGAUAUAGAUGUCGCCCCCAAGCGGGUGGCUGUCAUAGGAGCCGGUGCUGGCGGCUCCUUUGCUGCAUACGAGCUGCGCAAGCUCGCGGAUGAGGCUGGGUUUCAGCUGAACGUCACAGUCUACGAGCGGGCCUCGUACAUCGGAGGACGCUCAACAACAGUGAAUGUAUUCGAUCACCCAGCAUAUCCAAUCGAACUGGGAGCCUCGAUAUUCGUCCAGGUCAACGAAAACCUAGUCAAUACCUCCCGUGACUUAGGUCUUACUGUUAGCGCUGCUGACCAUGCCCGACCCCGGGAAUCGGAUGAAUCUAUCGGUAUCUGGGAUGGAAAGCAGUUUGUGUUUACCAUGAAGAAUUCCUAUAGCUGGUGGAAUAUUGGUCGGCUUUUUUGGCGAUAUGGGAUGGCUCCGCUGCGUACACAGAACUUGAUGAAAGAGAUUGUUGGCAAGUUCCUGCGUUUAUACGAGGAACCCCUCUUCCCGUUUCAGUCGUUGUCUGAAGCUACCGCUGCGGUUGGCCUGAUCAACGCUACUUCGUCAACUGGUGAGGAGUUUCUUGCAAAGAAUCAGAUUUCCCCGUUGUUCGCUCGCGAGAUCAUUCAAGCUAGUACUCGGGUCAACUAUGGUCAGAAUUUGGGACUGAUCCACGGCCUGGAGUCAAUGGUCUGCAUGGCUACGGAUGGUGCCGUUUCCAUUGACGGUGGAAAUUGGCGAAUCUUUGACGGCGCUGCCAAGGCUGCAAAGGCCGAUAUUAGACUUGAUACCACCGUUACCGAACUGGUUCGGAAUGAUGACGGGACUAUCCGUAUCACAUCGCAUCCAAGCGAUGAGAUUGACUCUCCUCAGUCUAUCGAUGAGACCGAGUUUGAUGAAGUCAUCAUUGCCGGACCGCUGCAGUAUUCUGGCAUCUCUAUAUCUCCGCCUCUGGAGCACAUCCCAGACGAGAUCCCGUAUGUGAAGCUGCACGUCACCCUUUUUGCUUCACCUCAUCGAAUCUCCCCGAAGUAUUUCGGGCUCGAUGGAAAGAAGGAUGAAGUCCCCGAAUCAAUUCUCACAACACUCCCCGAAGGCCUAGAUCUAGGCCAGAACCCCCUCGGCGUUGGACCCGCUGAAUUCUUCAGCAUCAGUACCCUCCGAACCGUGGAUUAUUAUUAUUCAACCAUAAAGGAUGGAGAGGCACAUCAUGAGACGCACUACGUGUACAAAAUCUUCUCACCCGAGCGGCCUACAGCAGAAUUCAUCGCCAAAAUCUUUGACAUUGACUAUCAGCAAGACACCUCGGUAGUCACCGCACAUGCCAACACUACUAUUGGCGAUCUGCCCGAAACCGAGAUCAGCUGGUUUCACGAGAAGUUUUGGCAUCCAUAUCCUCUCUUGUAUCCCAGGGUGACCUUUGAGGAGACUCUCCUGGCUCCUGGUGUCUGGUACACCGGUGGAAUUGAGAGCUUCAUCUCGACAAUGGAGACUAGCGCCUUGAUGGGUCGGAAUGUUGCUGCACUCAUGGCGCAGUCAUGGAAGAAGCAAGAGGAGAUUAAAAGCAGCCUCUCCUCAUCGAGUGUGAAGACGGAGCUCUGA